ACCAUCAUAGAGUAAAACUACAUGGCCUACAACCAGCCACAACAUACUCCUAUCAAGUUGAAUACAAUGGCCAGACUGGGGUACCUUAUGAUUUCACUACUAUGCCAGAGGGCAAGGAAUGGUCCCCUGAAUUUGUGAUAUACGGGGAUCUUGGUAGAAAAGGUGGCGCUCCUAGUAUAAGAGCUUUAAAACAGGAAGCACACACAGGACGAUAUACUGCCUUCAUUCAUACUGGAGACUUUGCUUAUAACUUCCAUGAUGAAGAUGGCCAGAGAGGUGACAAUUUUAUGCGCCGCAUACAAGAUAUUGCAGCGAGAGUGCCAUACAUGACAUGUCCAGGCAAUCAUGAGAUUUGGUAUGACUUCAGCCAUUAUCGCUAUAGAUUCUCUGCGCCUCGCUCUGAUUGGCCAAUCCAAAAAUGGCAGAUGUGGUAUAGCUUCGAUGUUGCUAAUAUACACUUUAUCAGUUACUCCAGUGAGGUGUAUUUCACUGAUGAUGAACUCUAUGCACCAGCACAGAUCAAGUGGCUUGAGAAAGAUCUUACAGAAGCAAACUCCCCCAGUAAUCGUACGCAACGGCCCUGGAUUAUAGUCUUCGGACAUCGCCCAAUGUAUUGCUCAAACCUUAAUAGGGAUGAUUGUACCACACCUUUAUCUAAAGUCAGAAUAGGGCUUGAAGAUACAUUUUACAAAUAUGGUGUUGAUUUGAUCAUCGAGGCCCAUGAACAUUCCUAUGAAAGACUCUAUCCUGUCUUCCAUGGACAAGUAACUAACUGUGAUUAUAAAAACCCUAGAGCCCCAGCUCACAUUAUAGGGGGAGCUGCUGGCUGCAAUGAACAGUUUGGGCUCUGUGCUGACGUCGUCCUAUCCCCUAGAGGUCCUUGGUCUGCUUUCAGAUCAUGGCUACCAGGUUUAAAUGGAUAUGGACGACUGAAAGUCUUCAAUAAUACGCAUCUUUAUUAUGAACAAAUGCUAGCAAUGACUGGACAGGUUAUGGACAGAUUCUGGCUGGUUCAGACCAAUCAUGGCCCAUACAAUGAAACCUUUAAUCCUGAUACAGAACAUUGUUCCUCAAAUUAGCUGAUGACCAGAUUUGUCUGGUUUGAACCAGAUUUAACCAGUUUCAACCUGUACAGUGGAAUAGUUGACCUUGAUAUAGAACAAUGAGUACUUAAAACAAGUUCUAGUCAGUGAGAAAAGAAGCUUUAUAUUGAAUAUUGCACCUCCAAGGCCGGAUUGCUGGUUUAAAUCAAAUUUCAUUGUGAACAAGGAAACUUUUAUCUAGAUAGAACAUGGUAGCUCACUUUAUUGGACUGAAGAUUGCCAUAUAUGAACCUGGGGGAGAACAAUGCAUUAUCUGAUUCUUCCUAGUUUUAUCUGAUUUAUUAUGACCCACCACCCCAAGUGGUGACAUAUUUUUAUAG